AUGGCGGAGUACUUAGCGUCCAUUUUCGGCACAGAGAAAGACAAGGUCAAUUGUUCUUUUUAUUUCAAAAUUGGAGCUUGUAGACAUGGAGACCGCUGUUCAAGACUGCACAACAAGCCAACCUUCAGCCAGACCAUUUUGAUACAAAACAUCUACCGUAACCCACAGAAUAGUGCACAGACGGCCGACGCGUCACGCUGUGCAGUAAGUGAUGUGGAAAUGCAGGAGCACUACGAUGAGUUUUUUGAAGAGGUCUUCACAGAGAUGGAGGAGAAGUACGGGGAAGUGGAAGAAAUGAACGUAUGUGACAAUCUGGGUGAUCAUCUGGUUGGUAACGUUUACGUCAAGUUCCGUCGAGAAGAGGAUGCUGAAAAAGCUGUCAUGGACUUAAACAACCGCUGGUUUAACGCCCAGCCCGUCCACGCCGAGCUCUCGCCAGUCACUGACUUCAGGGAAGCUUGCUGCCGCCAGUACGAAAUGGGAGAAUGCACCCGGGGUGGCUUUUGCAACUUCAUGCAUCUUAAACCUAUAUCGAGGGAACUUAGAAGAGAAUUGUAUGGACGGCGACGGAAAAGACCACGUUCUCGCUCGCGUUCCCGGGAAAGGCGCUCACGUUCAAAGGAUCGGCGACGGGACCGUGGAGGACGCAGAUCCAGAGACCGAGAACGGUCAGGAAGAUUCUGA